CCGAGCGACUUCGUCAAACAGUCACAGCGGCCGCCGCAGAUCUCACAGCUCUCUAAGAGCAACCCAGCGCACACGAACACGGCAUUGUUGCCAUGCCAGGUCUAGUCACAUCAACAACAGGGGAGAUGCAGCACCUCAGCAUGGACACUGACAACAAGAAGAGGGGGGAAAUCAGGGGAGGAAACCUGAAGUCUCGGCUUAAGUUAUCUCAAGCCCCUAACGCUGACGGGCUUUGUUUCGAGGAGAUGUCCCAGUGGUCACACUCAUUAGAGAGACUCCUUUCGUCCAAAUAUGGCAUGAAAAUAUUCCAGGCAUUCUUGAAGUCAGAGUUCAGUGACGAAAACAUUGAGUUUUGGCUGGUGUGUGAGGACUAUAAGAAGAUCAAGGCUUCCUUCAGGAUGUCCUCCAAGGCCAAAAAGAUCUUCAAACGCUACAUCCAAGCUGAGGCUGUGAGGGAGAUCAACAUUGAUCACAAGACCAGAGACUCGAUCAGGCGGAGCAUUAAGGCGCCCACCACAGUGUGCUUUGACGAUGCCCAGAGGAUCGUCUACGGCCUGAUGGAGAGGGACUCUUACCCCCGUUUCCUCAGGUCUGACAUCUAUCAGGCUCUACUGGACUCUGCCUCAGCAUCGACGAAGAUGUAAAGAAAACAGAUACCAGAGACAUUGUGUCUGCAGACACUGGACUGUGAGGCUGAGCCAAACGCUGGACUACCUGAGAGAAGCUAUGUUGCGUGUUUGAGCCAAUUCUUUAACUCGAAAAGCACCAAAAACUCUGCCAUUUUCAACACAUUGGUGCCUUCCUCCUGGAGCUUUGAAGACAUGCCAUGGCCACAUCGGACUCUGAUAAAAGAGGACAAGUCAGCUCAGUUGUAAAAAGAAAAAAAAAAAGAAAAAAAAGCUGAGGAGGG